UCUUUUUUGUGUUUGUUGAUGUAUAAUGUUUUUUUAGGUUAUGUAAAAAUUUUAAAGUUGUAAAUCUCGAACAAUAUCUAUUUAUAAGUAUUAUUUUAAUUAUGUAGUUUUGUGUUUUUAUUAUUUUGCUAAGAUGGAAAUGAAAGCCAAAAAACUAAGAGGAGAACUAGACGAGUUGGGUUAUUACCUAACAUUUUCUCACGAGUCCGUCCCUCUAAUUGAAAAACUGGUCGGUGAUUUAAAAACAACCACCCAAAGUCUACAAAAGUACAUGAAAAUAGCUCAAAAUGCAAUCGAGGAAAGAGACAAUCUUCAGUUAGGUGCAGAACCGUAUAAAUGCGAUAAUGCGAGAUUAGUGAAAGAAUGCAACGAAUUGCAUCAACAGUUUUUACGUGAAAGGGAAGAAAAUGAAAAAAUUCAAAGGGAUUUAAAAAGGCGUUUGGAAUUGUUAAAACAAGACAAUAUUGAUUGUACUACUGAACGGGAAAAGUUAAAAAGUAAAAUAAAACAGUUGGAAGUGGAAAUUGUAAAUUGUGGGGAAAUUCUUUUAAAUCCGAAACAAAAAUCCAAACCUGGGUUGAAAAGUGCCUCAACUACUGCGUUAAUUGGACAGAAGUCGACUAGAAAAGCAAAAAAUUUUGAGCUAAAUAGCGCCAUGGCUUUAGCAGACCAAAAAAUUGCUAAUUUAAGUAAAGAUAUAAAGAAGUUGAAGGAACAUAAUUUGCAAUUAAUUGAAGCUAAUGAGGUUCUACAAUCACAGCUAAAUAAUAGAGAUAAAGAAAUAAAGCGAUUAAAUGGUCUCUUGGAAGGUGGAAGGCCAAUUCAAGCAAUACAAAAAGAUUGUUCUUGUAAUUGCACUUGUGCUAAUAAGGAAUUGCAUGGGGGUGGUAAUAUACAAGAUCAACUGAACAAAGUUUUACAGGAAAAACACAUUCUAGAAAAUCGUCUAAAAGACGCUCUUGCUAAACAACACGAAGCAAUGAAACGUUGUUUACAUUUAGCAGAAAGGAACAAAUUGUUGGAAAAAGAAAUGAAAGACAUUGAUCAUUUAGCAUUAGCAGUCGAAGCAGAAUGUAACAAUACCGUUAAAAACAACGCAGAGAAAGUUAAUCGUUUACAGGACAGGAUGCAAGAAAGUCUUAUUCAAAUUCAAACUUUAGAAAGAGAAAACAAUCAACUUAAACAAAACAAAAAAGAAUUAAAUGAAAAGUUGGAUGCUAUAACAGGAGAGAAAAAACAUUUACAAACCGUUUUAGAAACGUCCUUGGAGGAAAAAAAACGACUGACGGAUAAAAUUAACAAUUUCACGAUAAUUGAGCACGACUUGAAUAUGGAAAUUGACAGGUUAAAUCGCUUUUCAGCUGAACAAAAGAAAAGAAUCGCUGAAUUGGAAUCGUUAGUGGACCCAAAAACACGCACUGAGGAUGGCCCUCGUAUCUUAUCUGACGUGUCCCCAAGUCGGGCUAAACCCAAACCUAAGAAAAAACCUCCUAAAAAACCAUCAAAAAGUGGUUCUCCCGUUCGACCAUCACUUCAGGUACCCACAAAUACACCCAAAGAUGGGUCUCCUGGGACCGGUAGGUGUUGCAAUUGUCAUUGCGAUUCUUGUUCUUCAUCAAAACAUAUCAAAGAACUGUUAGACAAGGAAUUGGAAUAUAAGGAACAACAAGCUGCUCGCUGUAUUGAUAAUUUAAAGUCAGAGAAAGAUUAUUACAUGAGGGAGUACCACAAAAUAUUAGAGCAAAUGAAAAAUGUGCCCAGUAGACCAGGUAGUAGUGGUAGAAUUGAUAAGAAUUCUGAGCUUGUUCAAAAACUGUCGGAACAAGAACAGGCUUUAGCUCUCUUAGAACAUAAGAACAGAAUGUUAUCAAAAGAAAAGUUUGAUUUGAUUUCAAAACUAGAAAGUGUGAGAGAUCUACCUGACACAAGCACCGACGGUCCUUGUCUCAAAGCUACUUGUAAACGCACUGAACGUGAGCGCGAUCUUUUGCGUUCCGAUCUUGAAAGACUUGAAGAAGAAAGAGAUAUCUUUAGAUCCAAAUUGAAAAAUGUAUCAGAAGGUCAAAUUAACGAAGUGGAAAGACUGAAAAAACGUCUUUUGGAUUCUGAAGAACAAAUUCAUAGAUUGGAACAAGAACGUCGAGAGUUGAUUCAAAAUCAUGGAACAAGAAGAUCAACAAUUGAUACUCUUGAAGAACAAUGCGAAACUCUAAAGAAUCAAUUACGAACCGCACAAAACGAACUUAAUCAACAGAGGGCGUUGUACAAUCAAUUAAAGACUUUACACGAACAAACUGAUCGCUCAUUAUCAGACACUCAAAGCAAAUUAGUUCAAACGGAAACGGAACUCGCCAGUGCCUUAGAACAUUUGAAAAGGAGGGAACAAGAUAGAGGAACAGUCAGCAAAGAGGUGGAUUUGUUGAAAAAUGAUAUUCAGAUAAUGAAAACUCAGUUGGCACAAAUAGACCAAGAGAAAGAUGAAUUGCUCGUGGCCCUAGAUGACAAAACUGAAAAACUUGCAAUGAUGGAACACGAGCUAAAAUCCCGCGAAAAAACAAUUACUUCACUCGAAUCGGCUGUGAAUGAAAUGAAGAGGAAGCUAGGCUCAUCCAACGACGAGAAUGCGAAUCAAAAGCAUGAAAUUCACAGUUUAGAAACCGAAUUGGCGACACUGAAACAAGAACUUGACACCAUGAGAAAAAUUAAAGACAGUGCGAUUCAAGAGAACCGCAGACUUCAAGACGAUUUAGGUUCGGUCACUUGUGACUGCAGAGAUGCACGGAAGGAAUUAGAAUUGUACAAAAGACAAGUCGAUGAUUUGAAAACCCAACUUCAACAUUACGUUGCUGAAGUUAAAAGAACGGAAGAUCUUAUCUCUAAUAAAGAAAUUGAAAGGAACGAGUUGUUGGAUCAGUUUAGGUCACUCAGUCAUGAAGCUAAUAUUUUAGAAACUAACAAUCACACUUUAGAAACCGAAGCCACUCAAAGUAGAGUACAACUCUCGGUCGCGUUAGAUCAUGCUGCUGAUUUGGAACGUAAAUUGGACAAUAAAGAUUCCAUCAUACAAAGUUAUGAGAAACAAAUUGCUGAUUUGACAAGUCAAAUUGCAAGUUUGGAGAUUCAACUCAGACAGUGUAUGAACCAAUUUGACAAAGCCGACGAAGAGUUGCAAAACAUGAGGGACUUCUCGUUGAAAUUGGAAUCAGAAAAUGCACGACUGAAGAGACAAUUGCGGGAUAGAGACGAUCAAAGAAUGCAAAUAGAUCGAAAUGUUGAUCAGUUAAGAAACGAACGUGAAUUUUUACAACAUACAGUCACGCGAGACAGACAUAAUGUGGAAUCUGUUGAAAGAGAUUUACACGAUGCGAAGCACGAAACGACCGAAUUGAGAAUACUGAACCGGGAUCUUCAGGAAGAAGUGCAAAAUUUGAAAAUGCAAGUGCAAGAACUGAAGGAAAAAUUACAACAAUUUGUCCAUGAUCACACCACACCGACAUCAUCACCGUCCCAAUCACCCUCUGCCAGUCUUAAAGUACUCAUCAGUACCAGGGAAUUUCAGUCAAGGGCAAAUAAUUUGCAAAAGUCAAAGAGUUCAGUUGGGGGGAAUACAAGCAGGGCAGUUAUGGAAGUUCCAGAUAGUGACGAUGAGAAGAGACUACAGGGUGAAAAAGAUCAAGCUGUUGCGUCUGUGAAAGAAUGUUUUUGUACUUGUUGUUGUGAAUUUAAGAGUAGGUCUAGAGAUGAGGGUGUUAAACGUUGUUGUUUUGCGAAUUAUACCAUUGUACGUGAAACGCGGGGCAGUGAAUCGCCCAGUUUGCAAUCGAAAAAAUAAAAUUUUAGCACAUUA